GGUGGGAUCGAAACACCAAAGACACCGUCUGAAGCGCCGAAAUCACUUUUCCUUGAAGCGCCGAAAUCACUUUUCCUUGAAGCGCCCAAGAAAAUAAACCCUCUCUCUAAGGCCAAAGGUCGAACACUAGAACAGCAAAAUGCUAGUAAACCGUAAAAAACCCCAGUGCAUGGCGCCCUUUUCCUAAAACAUCAGAGAAAGCCUCCGCAUUCUACACUUGCUAGCUCACUUUUCUGUAAUCGCAACAAUGUUCGGUGCUCAAGCUUCGACUCCUGCAUUUGGCACUCCGUCUUCCACACCAGCGUUUGGCACGCCCUCUUCCACACCAGCGUUUGGCACGCCGUCUUCCACUCCAGCUUUUGGCACGCCGUCUUCCACUCCGGCGUUCGGUACUCCGUCUUCAACUCCGGCUUUCGGUACUCCGUCUUCAACUCCGGCUUUUGGUGCGCCUUCAACUCCGGCCUUCGGGACCCCCUCGACGCCGUCUUUCGCUACUGGCUUUGGCUCCUCCCUCUUCUCCACCCCAUUCUCUUCUCAAAUGCAACAGCAGCAGCAACAACAGACUCCUUUUUCUCUGCAACCGUCUGCUGGUUUCGGAUUCCAGACUCCAUUUAGCGCUCCUCAAACGACACCUUUCCCUAAUGCGCAAUUAACUACUCAGAUGGCCCCUGUGGCUCCGGUUCCUUUUUCUCUCGCAGAUCGUGAUAUUCAGGCAAUCGUGGAUGCUUACAAGGAAGACCUGGGGAACCCUAAGUAUGCAUUUAAGUAUUUGUUGUUUAGUGUCACUGAUCCACAGUAUAGAGUGAAGCCUGCUGGUGUUUCAGAUAUCAUGUGGGCAGAGGCUAUGGCAAAGCUAGAGGUUAUGGAGAGUUCAGACCGAGAACGUCUGUGGCCUCAGCUUGUUCAAGGUUUCAAAGAUCUCUCUCACCGGCUUAAGCUUCAAGAUGAAGUUAUUGUUUCAGAUGCUGAGCGAUUGCGGAUGACCCAAAGCAACGUGAAGAUGCUUCAAAGGCAUUUUCAAGCUGAGACUCUUCCAUGGAUUCAAAGAAUGAGGCAAAAAGAGCAAAGUCUUCAAAGGCGUCUUUUAAGGAUAAUGAGAAUAAUGGAGGCUUUGGAAAGUAAGGGUUAUCGGAUGCCCUUAAUGAAAGGGGAAGCUGAAUUGGCUGAAAAGUUAGCUGCAAUAACCAGACAGCUCAAAGGAUCUGGAGCAGAACUUUCUAGGAGGGUUCAGAACUUACUAACCAUAUCUCACGUUCAAGCAAAUGGAAUUGGAGCUGGUGGUUCAUUUUAUCUCCCAGGAUCAACCAAAAUACAUGAACAGAGUCUUGCUGAUAUGCAGGAGGUCUUACAGCAGCAGACAGAGGCCAUUGCAAGGUUGGGUAAUGUAUUGAAGCGCGAUAUGAGAGACAUGGAAAUUAUGAUGGCCGAGGACACAGAAAUGGCAAAAGAUGUAAAUUAAAGAUAUGAGGCUUAAAGUAGUGCGUGUGUUCUUGCCAUACAAUAGGAGAAGAUAAUGAGAACUGAUUGUUGCUAAAUAUUGUUUGAUAGAGCACAAGCAUUCUUGCCAUAGUCAAAUAGCUGUUCGAGUUUACAUUUUCCCCUGAUCCCAGACCCCAGUUGACCAUUUUCUGUCUGCCUAAUUUUUAUGCUGAGAAAAUACUGCAUGUUGAGAAUAGCGCAUAAAGGAGUAUUGUGAUGUUUCUGUGUAAUUUGUAAUAUACUUUCUUUUGCUUUA